CGCUCAGCGUGACACUUCCUAAUCGCACCGGGCCUCCGCCUCCGCGGUCAGGCGAUGCUUCCCUCCAUCCUUUCAAAAUCAAGAAACGUGCCGUCACACCGCCGGCGUCGCCGUCUCCGUCGUCUUCUCUCCUCUUCCCUCGGCAGAGCUACAGCUGUCGCACCCGCCACCACCAUUACAGCAUCACCACCUCCAAGCUCCAACUCGCACCUCGCUUCUUCUCCUCAUUCCUACAACCAAUACGCCUCUAUCCUCCAAUCCUGCGUCGCCGCUGGUUCCCUGCGCACCGGCAGGCAGCUCCACGGAAGGCUACUCGUCUCGGGCCUCGGCUCCGACACUGUCUUAGCCACCAAGCUGGUUGAUCUGUACGCAGCCCGUGGCCAUGUCGAGCACGCGCGCCGCCUGUUCGACGGAAUGCCCAAGCGGAAUGUGUUCCUCUGGAACGUGCUGAUCAGGGCCUAUGCACGAGAGGGGCCCCGAGAGGCUGCAGUGCAGCUUUACCGCGGGAUGGCAGAGCAUGGUGUGGAGCCAGAUAACUUCACGUACCCGCUGGUGCUCAAGGCGUGCGCCGCACUCCUCGACCUGAAAACCGGGAGGGAGGUGCACGAGCGUGUCUCGGGCACGCGGUGGGGCGAGGAUGUAUUUGUUUGUGCCGGUCUUGUGGACAUGUAUGCCAAGUGUGGGUGCGUGGACGAUGCUCGAGCCGUGUUUGAUGGGAUUGCGAUGAGAGAUGCUGUGGUGUGGAAUUCCAUGAUUGCUGCUUAUGGGCAGAAUGGGCGGCCCAUGGAGGCGCUUUUAUUGUGCCGCGACAUGGCUACAAAUGGUGUAAGGCCGACGAUUGCCACUCUGGUGAGUACAAUAUCAGCAGCAGCUGAUGCGGCUGCUCUACCUAGAGGGAGAGAGCUGCAUGGGUUUGGUUGGAGGAGGGGCUUUGGGCAGCAGGAUAAGCUGAAGACUUCCCUUGUGGAUAUGUAUGCCAAGAGCGGGUGGGUUCAGGUGGCCCGCGUUCUCUUUGAUCAACUCACGAAGAGGGAACUUGUUUCCUGGAAUGCCAUGAUAUGUGGAUACGGGAUGCAUGGCCAUGCUGACGAAGCGCUCAAACUUUUUAACAAAAUGAGGGUCGAGGCUCUAGUGACUCCUGACAACAUCACUUUUGUUGGGGUUUUAUCAGCCUGCAACCAUGGAGGUAUGGUAAAAGAAGCAAAAUAUUUUUUUAGUUUGAUGGUGGAUGUGUACUCCAUCAAACCGACAGUGCAGCAUUUCACUUGCCUUGUGGAUGUUCUUGGCCAUGCUGGUAGGUUUGAAGAAGCGUAUGAUCUCAUAAAGGGCAUGUCUAUGGAACCAGAUUCAGGGAUAUGGGGUGCACUUCUCAAUGGUUGUAAGAUUCACAAGAAUGUUGAACUAGGUGAACUAGCCCUGCAGAAGUUGAUUGAGCUUGAGCCUGAAGAUGCUGGUAAUUACGUGCUUCUAUCAAAUAUCUAUGCUCAGUCUGGGAAAUGGGAAAAGGCUGCAAUGGUUAGGAAGCUAAUGACCAACCGAGGCCUGAAAAAGAUCGUUGCUUGCAGUUGGAUUGAGUUGAAAGGGAAAACACAUGGAUUUCUUGUUGGUGAUGCAUCUCAUCCUCGAUCAGAUGAAAUUUAUGUAGAAUUGGAGAGAUUGGAAGGUCUCAUGAGCGAUGCUGGAUAUGUGCCUGACACCAUGCCAGUUUUCCACGAUGUGGGAGAUGAUGAAAAGAGGAACAUGGUGAGGGGCCAUAGCGAGAGACUGGCCAUUGCAUUUGGGCUUAUUAGUACGCCUCCUGGGACAAAGCUUCUUGUGACUAAGAAUCUUCGAGUUUGUGAGGACUGUCAUGCUGUCAUCAAGCUGAUUUCGCAGAUUGUGCAGCGUGAAAUCAUCAUAAGAGAUGUUAACCGCUACCAUCAUUUUGCAAAUGGUGAAUGCUCUUGUAAAGAUUACUGGUGACCCAUGAUGACUAAACUAGUUGAAUUUGGCAGCAUGUGGCCGUAGUGCCAGUCUUGUACUCUUCUAGUUGUAUGACAGAAGAUAGUCCUGUCCAAAACAGUUUACUGCAAUGCUGUUCUACCAUACAAACUAAGAUUCUGACUAGGCGAGCUGGAAGCUAAAAAAUGCAAAGGUGAUGAAUUUGAUAUGGAGCCUCUCAUGCAUGUAAAAUCAUUCAGAAAAAUAAAUUACCAUGUUGAAUGUGGGAUAUCUGGUUCUCCACUGGUCUUGGUUUACUUGAAUCCCUGUCAGGAGUGGUGUAGACAAAAACCAUCGAGUAUGAGGUGCAAAACGGCUCUCCUCUCUCCAUCCCCAUCGUACUUCGUCCGUCAAUCCUCAAUGGUGUUGAAUCCUCCUUUAGUUCAUGAUGGAGGGCCUCCUCUGUUGGGAUUUGUCGCCGUGGUUCGCCCUUGCGAGCGAGGUGCGUCGACGUUUUGGUUCCACAGUUCACUUCAUGCCCUCUUCUUUAUCCAAGGCGUUCUUUCUGGUGGGCUUAUCCCGUUCAUCAUUCUUUCUCUCGGUGGCAUAGGUGGAUCUAGCACUCAAUGCUGUCUUGGUGGUGAUUGUUUGGGGGUUUUCAAGUUCUUAAGCUUUGUGACAAGAGAUUUCGGUUCUCUGUUGCCUCAGGUGGUUGGUUAUCUCCUUCAAAGGUUUCAAAAGUGAUGUAUCUCCGAAGUCUCAUGUCCAAGGUCCUAUGGUUAUUCGUACUAAUAUGGAGGUUUUACCUAAAAGUGCUAUUCAUGAUCUCGGGUCUUCUGGUGAAUUGGCGAAAUGUGGUUUUCAUGUUGAUAAAACAAACAUUCAGAUUAGCUGCCUGCAUCAAGGUCCAAGGCAUAGGCUUCUCCAGCACCUGUGGUCUCAUCUUCAACGGCACCCCAGAGUUCUUCACAUUCUAGAGAUUUUCAUGCAACGACAAGCUCUCAUUUGAAUUUUUGAAGUCUUAUCUUUUCUGUCUCAACGGUUGACCCGAGUUCUCAAUUGCAUGGGCUUUAUAUUCGGGGAACUAAUUUUCUGGUGACCUUUCUUGCAUGCAUAUUAAGUCUCGAGAGUUAUUUGUGCAUA